AUGGAGACUGAACUGCUCCACCUGUUCAACCUUUCCUAUGUCUUCCGCGCCGUCCCAGCUGCUUGGAAAACGGCCACGAUAGUCCCCAUCCCGAAAGCCGGAGACACCACGCAGCACCGCCCAAUAUCCCUCCUCAACUGCCUGGGCAAGACCAUGGAGCGGAUCCUUCAUUCCCGCUUGGAAUGGGCGCUGGGUCCCCUCCACCACCACCUGUUCGCCUUCCGCCGGGCCAGAGGCACGAGGGAGUGUGUGUCGAUCCUCUUAUCCAGCAUCACUGGCUGCAAGGCGGUCGUAGUGUUCCUCGACCUCGAGAAGGCCUUUGAACUAGCCUCCACGCCGGCCAUUCUCUCGACCCAAGCAGCAAAAGGCGUUCAUGGCCGCCUCCUCAGCUGGGUUGGGGAUUAUCUCCAGGGACGCACUACUUCUGUACGCUACCAGGGCACAACAUCUGGCGUGCAGUCCUUCGACAACGGGACUCCGCAAGGGGGCAUCCUCAGCCCUCUGCUAUUCAAUCUCCUUGUAGAGCACCUUGUCGCCCUCCACACGAAUGAGCAAGUCAGAGUUCUGAGUUAUGCGGACGACAUUGCCAUCGUCGCUUCCGGAUCCCGCCACGUGUCUCGAGCUCGCGCCAUGCUUCGCCGCCUCCUUGACUCCUGCUCCCUCCUUGGCCUUGUCCCCAACCCGACGAAGACAAAGGCCAUGGCCUUCCGGUACUCCACCCCUCCGGCGCCUUUCCUCGUGAACGACGUGCCAGUCCCCUGGGUUCCCCACUUCACAUACCUGGGGAUGGUGAUCGACUCCCGCCUCUCCUUCCGACCUUAUGUGGCCUCCAUUCGGGUCAAAAUUAUGGCCAGAGUCAACACGAUGAGGGCCUUGGCUGGGCGCUCAUGCGGGGCGAACGACCGAGUCCUCCGCUCCUACUACGUGAGCGCUGUCCGCUCCUGCUUGGACUACGCCACACCGUGUCUCUUGACAGUGCCUCCCGCAUCCCUUGAACCCAUUGAGACCGCCCAAAACUCCGCUCUCAGGACACUCCUUGGCGCACCUCGCUGGACGAAGUGCAUCUGCCUGCGAACGGAGGCCUUCAUAUGCCCUGUCACCGAGAGGGUCCGGCUCGGUCUCGUCCUCCUGAUUACUCUGCUGCGUCGGCCAGAGGCAGCCCCCCUCGCGGUGCGGGUGCGACGGUCCCUCCACCACGACCCCCGCCUCUUCCAUCGAGAAACAUGGCCGUUCGCCGUAGCUGGGCUCCUGGGUGUGCAUGGCCUGGCACACUUACUAACACCGCCCCCCGAUCUCCCUGUGCCGUCUUAUGUCUCCCCUCCUCCUUGGCGUCCCAGGCCGUUCGACCUCUCUCUGCGUCCUCUACCUGCCAAGAAGUCGCUGCUGCCCAACGAAGUCCUGAGGCGUGAAGCUGCGAGUCGGGUCACUGGUGCGCUGCCCCCUCAGACCGUGGUCUACUUCACUGACGGCUCUGUUCACCAUCUAACAGGGGCUGUUGGUGCUGCCUUUAUUGGUGGGGGGACCACGGCCUUAUUCCGCCUGGCCAAUGGCUGCUCCUCUACCCAGGCAGAAUUGGUAGCCAUCUCGAUGGCCCUCCUUCACGCGGAGGAGACUGUAGCGGGGCCUGUGGUUAUCCACAGUGACUCCAUGGCUGCUCUACAUGCCAUCAGCGGCGACCGAGUACCUGACAACAUCCGCCUCACCACCUCCAUCUGGCGAACACUAGAGGCCUUAGAAUCCACCGGCAGACGAGUUACCCUCAACUGGCUCCCUAGCCACUCUGGAGUAGGGGGUAAUGAUGCGGCUGACGCGGCGGCUAAGGAUGCAACCCUCCUCCCUGCGGUGACGAUCCACCUGCUACCCAACUUGGGCCUCCUCCGAACAACCAUGCUGUCCAAGGCCGGGCGUAGCAUAACUACUGACCUGGAGCACUCAGUAGCGGCGAACUCCCCAUCGAGCUCCUGGUACGCGGCCGCCACUGAUAUGGGACGCUGGCGACUGGAAGCCUCCCACCCUCGCCCCGUCAGUGUUCUCCUACACCGCCUCCGCUUGGGGUAUAAGUGCCUCUCCGAGCUCGACCCCGACGACAUCAGAUGGCGGGAAUGUGAGCACUGCGAGGAAGAGCAGGACUACCCGCUCCUGCACUACCUCCUCGAGUGCCCUGCUACUAGAGACCUAGCUGCUAACCCUGAAGGGCGAUCGGCCCCAGCACUCCUUUUCCAUCUGGGAGAGGAGGCCCUCGAACGCUUAGCAGUAAGCUACGCACCACCCAGAUAA